CUUCGACGUUAGAGGCGGAUGAAGAGUGUCAUGGAAUGACGUCGACCGACGAAUCCCCUCUUUUCAGCAGCAUCGAUGAUCCCCGUGUUUUAACGAUCUUACGAAGUUUGAAACUAAACUGUCCUUGUAGAUCGUGUACCGAGCAAACACUCCCUUUGAGCAUUCGACAAGAGGAUGACAGCGAUUUAAAGAGUUCAUCUCCGGAAGAAAUUAGAAAGAAAAAAUGGUCGUUGAAACAUCGAAAGUAUGUUUAUACAAGUACCGAAGAUAUGGAAGAUAUGGUCUCAUCUGAUUGCAGUAAAAAAGGAAGAAAAAUUCGAUAUAAAUCGAAGAACAUUCUGAAUCAGCGUAUUAAAGCAAGUUCGAUAAUACACACAACUCCGAAAAUUUCUCAUCGUCGGCGAACAAGUUUUUCCUUUUUUAACACUCUUUUUGAUAUUGUUUUUUGGCCUUAUCUAUUUCUGAAAACAAAUCGGUGAAAGCUUAUUUUUUUUUAUUUAAAAAAAAAAAAAAGAAAGAAAGAAAAAAAGAAAUAAAAAAAAGAAUCAUGUUCAAGAGCAUGAUAUUGUCAACAAGUUUCUAAAAAAUGAAUUUUUAUAACGAUUUCUUUAAAUAAUAAUUCUCUCUUUGAAAGUAUACCUUAAAGCUAAAAACUCUGAAUAUAUCAUAAUUUAUGUACAAUAUAUACGCAUCGUUUUUUAUGAACUUAUAUCGAAAAUUAUAUAUUAUUAAUUGAUAAUAUAUUUCAUUCUUCAUAUAGAGUUUAUAGAACAUUUUAGAAAAUAUUUAAUUAAUGUAUAUGUUUAAGAAAAUAUAAUUUUUAAUUAUACAUAGUAUAAAAUACAAAUCGAUAGUAUAAUUUGGGGUUUCACCUCAAAUAUUUCAUUAUUUACAUACAUAAAUUUUUUAUGAUAAAAUACAAUGAUUGCGUUUUACGAUAAAGUAAAAAAAAUUGAUUUCAAAAAAAAAAAAAAAAUUAAUAAACGAUAAAAAUAAACGACAAAAAGAUAAAAAAAAUAUAUAUAUAUAAAUAUUCUCCACAAUUUUAUAAUACAUUGAUUGCUGAAAAUAUAAAAUAUUACAUAUCAAUA